AUGCAAGACGCUAUGAAGGCAGCGGCAAGCGCGACGCCAGAUCGGUGGCUGGCGGCGGCCAUGAUGAGUCCUAUCAUGCCCACCGGCGAGAACGUGAGCGACACCAUGCCGAUCCAUUCUGCCGACUUGGGGUGGACGCCGUUGAUCGACAGCGCGGCAUCAACCGGAGGGGCAGUGCACGCAGAGAAGCGCGCGUGCGAACACACCCAGCCCCCUGUGGGGGACAAGGCAGAGUCGGUUGUCAUCCCGCGGUACUUCCUGCAGCAGCUGGAGCGGCAGCUGCGACUCCUCGUGGACGACGUGGCACAGGAGGAGUGGAAUGAGCGAGCAUGGAUGUGCCUGUACACGUACCUCUCCGAGUUGCCUUUGAGUGUACGUGCAUCUCUGACGUCGCGUGACCGCUGCGGCGCUGCCAUUGUCGUGCAGCUGGUGAAUGGGAUGAGGGCGAGCGCUCUCACCGAAGGCAACCUUGUGGAGGAGGCGGUGGCGAUGGCGAGCAAGGCGGCAGAGCAGGAUCCCGUCCCCAGUCUUCCUCAGGAAGUGCUGCAUCUUCUUCAGCAUAGCACGGCGAUCGACCCUGAGUUCCACUUUGAGUGGAGGGGUUCCACUGUGGCGUACGUCGAGGGGCCAUUAGGGUCCGCCGCCGGAAAAGCUCGCAGGUCAGCGGUGGCCAGCAACGGAGAGGUGGGCGAUUUUGCGCACGUGCUGCCGCCCUCCUCGUCGCUUUCCUCGACAUCACUUGCUCUCACAGACGAUGAGGAGGAGAGGUCGUUGAUAGACGAGGAGGAGGCGGUGUGCACCUCCCGCCUUUUGUCCUUCAUUGUGGCACACAUCAAAAAAUACAGCGACCGUCGCCUGCGCGGUGUGGCUACACAAUUUCCAGAACCGGGUACGGGGGAACUGCGGACACCGCCCGGCGCCACGGAAGUCGCCCAGGCAGGAGUGUAUGCGCUUUCGACACCGCCGACGAAUAGGCGGAGCGACGCGUCUGCGUCGCUGCAGCAGCAGUUCCGUGACCAGCAGGAUCAGCUCACGUCGCUCCUCGCGUCCUUUGUGCGGCUGCGUCACACGCCGCUCUUUCAGGCACUGCGCCACACCUCGGAGCACGCUCUGUUUGCGUGCGACUUCAUCGAGCUAGCGUCCGCAGCGGAGCGCCUGCUGGAGCGUGCGCCCCCGGCUUCCGCCGCCACACGGCUGCUGGAGAUUUCAAUGACACAGAAGCGCGUGAUAACUGAGGCGACGGAUGCCCGCGACACGAGUGUCGGCACGAACACAUCUGUAGGGUCGGGAUCGAGCCCCACGACUGGCCCCAGUGUCCGCCACAGCGUCAGAGUACGCACGCCGAUGAAGCCGAGCAUCCGGCAUCCAAUCCAGCGCAUCCUGUCGAACUUGCCGUCACCGAGCGGAUUAUCAUCGGGGCGUGGCACACAAAUGCCCGACAUGUAUAAGCAGCUUUACUCUCCGCCGGUGCACGUUGACGAGGAGGAGCGUGGACGGGCUGUGAGCGCUGCUACUUUGCGGGAUGGUCGACUUGCCGCGGAGACGUGGGCUGCCUGA